AAGCGUAGCCAUUUACCACAGCAAUGUCAGCCCAAUCCGAGGCUGGGGAAAUGCACAUUGCACGGUCCUUGUGUGGACCCAUCGCAGCACAGAAAAUAACGGUGCGAGUAGGCUACUACGGAGCGAUGGUACCGCCGACUGAUGCGUCUUCAGCACAGCCUCACGGAUCCCAGGAAAAAACGCUCGUGGGAAUUUAAAGAAACAUUGAUUUAGCAUAUUUGAAUGCAUCGCAUCAACUCCGCUCACGCCACCAAAACGUGAUUGGAGCUGAUUUAUCUGAUGAUGGUUUUCUAGAACAGACUGUUCAGUUUUGGCCAUCACAACAGAGACUGAAGAUCCGAUCCAUCACCGAUGCGUUAAUCGCAAGUCCGUCACAGUGGUGCUAAUAUUAUUUUCUCGACAUCGGAAUAAGAACAUCUGUUGUGAUUCAUAGGAGCCAGCUGCACCAGCUCUAUAGUAUUCGAGCAUCCUUCCGCCAGUGCAUCAUCAUCAUCAUCAUCAUCAUCGCGCCCUGCAGCUCCAUCGCAAGAGGGAGGAUCCGCAGAGGAGCUCUCUGGGCAACACUACACACACAAUCAGAGGAUGCUUUGGAUGUAAAAUAAAUAACGAUGGGGAAAGAUCAGGAAUUACUUCAAGCGGUGAAGACUGAGGACCUGAUGACGGUGCAGAAGCUCCUGCAGAGGCCCAAACCUGGGAAAGCAAAGUUGCUGGGUUCUGCCAAGAAGGUGAACGUCAACUUCCAGGACACUGAUGGAUUUUCACCACUGCACCAUGCAGCUCUCAAUGGAAAUGUGGAGGUUAUAUCACUGCUGCUGGAGUCUCAGGCCAUAGUGGACAUCAGGGACCAGAAAGGGAUGCGGCCUCUGCAUUAUGCAGCGUGGCAGGGAAAGUCAGAGCCCAUGAAGUUGCUACUGAAGUCAGGCUCCUCAGUGAACGGUCAAUCUAACGAGGGUCAGAUCCCCCUGCACCUGGCUGCUCAACACGGACACUAUGACGUAUCUGAGAUGCUUCUGCAGCAUCAGUCGAACCCCUGCAUAGUGGACAAUGGUGGGAGGACCCCACUGGACCUGGCUUGUGAAUUCGGCCGGGUUGGGGUGGUCCAGCUGCUACUGAGCAGUAACAUGUGUGCAGCUCUAUUGGAGCCCAAGCCCGGAGAUUCGACUGAUCCCAACGGCACCAGCCCGCUGCAUCUCGCUGCCAAGAACGGACACAUCGACAUCAUUAGGUGAGCUUUCAGAGCCCCGAGACUCGGAUGGAAAGACAGGAUGCA